AUGGCGACUGGAAACAACGACGAAAAUAAGUUGAAGGAAUGUCUUCAACUGCUAAUCGAUGCUGUCUCUCAUACAAUAAGUCAAUUCGACGGCGAAACUAAUUCUCCGCAGCUUAUCGAUGAUUUACGAAAGGCAGUUAAAACAAUCGCCAACAAAUCUUUUUCUUCAUUAUCAAAGCAAUGCCAAAAUUAUCUUUUCAACGUUCUGCGUGAAUACGGCUACAAUGAAACAAAUAAGACCUUGUCCGAUUCGUUUACUAGCGAUAUGUUAGAGUCAUUUUUACAAGAUCUUCAAGGUAUGCUAGCAUCACUUGAUGUGUUUCACGCAGCAUGGGAUGGCAAUCAGGAAGUUAUCGAAGCAUUUCAUGAAAAUUAUUCGCAUCUAAUGGAUAAAUCGAGCCCUUAUGAAACUACCGUUCUGUACUGUGCGGCUCGAAAUAAUCAUCUUGAUUUAGUCAAAUAUCUCGUCGAAGAAGCAGGUUGUUCUGUCAAUGCUCAAAAUCAAUCCUAUGAUCCACCAGAUCAAUCAGGUGAUACAAAGAAAGCGAUUAUUGGCUCUACUGCGUUGCAUGCUGCAUGUUAUCAAGGGCAUCGAGAUAUUGUCACCUAUUUAAUUUCUCGCGGUGGAGAUUAUUUCCUAUUGAAUAGUUUCAAUGAAACACCUGUUCAAAAUGGCAAAUCGAAACAUAAUAUUCGAGGCUUUUUCCAAGAUUUUCUACUGCCUGGCUAUUUGAUGAACUCAACAGAGCUUCCAAAGAAAACAAUUCUACAGGAAGUCGAAGGUCAGAGAGGUCUGGCAGUUGAUUGUAUUUGGGAAUACAAACCACUUGCCAUGGAACAAUGGAUGGCUUUCACAUCCGAAAUUUCGAACCAUUUUCAACAAUCACUCGCUGGUAAACCAUUCAAAACAGACAUUCAACUUCAAGCAGGUCGAGAUCGCCAUCAGAUCUCUCUAGCAAAAUUCCUACGUUUAGAACCAGGUUCGAAUCGAUCCGGGAAUUAUGCCUGGAUUCGCUGUCGUGGUUCAUCCCUUCUUAACUUUCACUGCUAUGGCCAAUGGCAAAUGAUGUUCACUAAACACCCCACCGGAACCAUCAAUCUCUCGCCUUCGAUUGAAAUUCUCGACAUGACAUCAGACGAUAAUAUCCAAUUUAACUCCUGGUACACGGUCGAUGACCGAGUCAAUUUAAUCUUAGAAACUGGCAUGAAUUAUCGACGACGAUGUAUCAAUCUGUAUUUAGAAAUUCUUGAGAAUGAACAGAUUACGUUAGAUUUGAAGAGUUUCUCGUUUACAAAUCAACGGAAUACAAUCGAAGGUUUCCUACGAUGGGUACCGAAAUUGAUUUCGAAUACGGCUGAUUUAUCACCAGUGAAUAAUUUUGAAUUAACAAAUGAUUCGAGCGUGAUGUUGCUGACUACGUCUCGUGUUAAACAAGCUGAGCACGAUGAGAAUAUUUCAUCGGAUGAAGUACAUUAUUAUUAUGAAUUGAAAUAUGAGAAUGCCUUUGAAAAUGAUGAUUUAGACUUUUCAAAUCAGCAAGUAGACGACAACGAUGAGUCGAAUCAGCUAAUAUCAGUUAUUCAAGCAGAUUUAUUGGCACAGACGACUGAUGUGAUCGUUGUUUGUUCAACGUCGAAAUAUCUGAUGGACAGUGUUUUCACAGUGGGUGGAAGAUUACUAAAAGCUUCUUUCGAUGAAAAAGUGAGCCAAAAUAGUCAGGAAUCGGUUAUUAGUAUUUCAGCCACCGGUUCACUCAAAGCUAAGAAAAUCUAUUUCGUUCCAUGGGCACCCAGUUCAAAUGAAGAUCGACUCUGUCGAUCGCUUGAACAGUUAGUUCAAAAUGUGAUUACUACAGCAGCAGGUAAGAAUUUACAAAGUAUCGCAUUUCCUGCGAUCGGUUGCGGUGGAUACGGAUGUCCGACUAGUCUUAUUGCGAAAACGUUAGUCGGCGAAUGUCAACAGUUGGUAGCGAAAUAUCCUCUAUCAGUCGUCUUUGUCAUUCAACCGGAGAAAGUUGAACUCUACGAUGAAUUUCGUCAAUAUCUCGGCGUAUCCAAACAUCGACAAACGACAGUGAAAGAACCACCAAUCUCGUUAAGAAUUGCAAAUGGACUUAUUGAAGUGAAAAAGGAUGAUAUCACAAAACAACAAGUGGAUGUUAUUAUUGGAAGUAUGUCAUCAGAGAAUUUACGACAAAUUCUGUUGAAAGCAGCCGGCGAUCAAGCUCAAAGCGCUUACACGAAGGAACAAACAGCAACUCGAAAUCCAUCCGUUAUCAUUACUCCGCCAGGUCAUUUACAAUGCAAAAGUAUCUUCUUCUUUCGCUGGGAGCCAAAUAAGAAUAAAAAGAUUCUUCAACAAUCGAUCGUCGAUCUCAUAGCGAAUAUUGUUCAACGUGUUCAUGCACAUCGGUACACGUCUAUUGCAUUUCCUGCUCUCGGAUGUGGCGAACACGCUUGUUCGGUCGACAUUGUUGUCAAAACGAUGGUGAAAGAGAUGAAGCAACAAAUCGAAAAGAAUAGUUUACCGUGGACCGUGAAAUUUAUCAUCCAUCCAAGUCAACCGCAUGUUUACGAUGAAUUCUGUAGACAAGUUCUAUCAUCAGAUGGUGCAUCGAAUGACUAUCGAUUGCCUUCGACAUGGGAGCCAUGCGAUGAUGAAGAUCAAUUUCGAUUUAUUGUAUCCGGAAAUACAGACGAAUAUAAACAAAUUAUCAGCAAAUUUGAUGAACAAAUGCAAGGAUAUUACACAGAAAUUGUUCGAUUAGAACGCAUUCAAAAUGAACGAUGGUAUAUGCAGUACAUUGCGCAUAAAAAAGACUUUAAGAAACGUCUAGGCAUCGAUACGGAAAAACGUCUAUAUCAUGGUUGUCCAGAACAACCAGCGAAUGCGAUUAUUCGCGACUGUUUCAAUCGCAGUUUCGCAGGAGUUAACGGUACACUGUACGGCUAUGGAGUUUAUUUUUCGUCUCGGGCUACUUAUAGCCAUGGCUACGCGGUUCAGAACGAAAGUGGCGAGCACCGUAUGUUUGUUUGUCGUGUUCUCGGCGGAAAAACUACCAAAGGAGAUUCGUCUAUGAAAGUUCGUCCGAUCGGAUUCGAUUCAACGACAGACGGAGUUCACAUGACUGUCACCUAUCAUGAUGCUCAAGCCUAUGCUGAAUAUCUAAUAACCUAUAAAUAA